AUGGCGCCCGCACAGCCCGAGCUCAAGAAGUACCUCGACAAGCGGCUGUUUGUCCAGCUCAACGGGAGCCGCAAGGUCAUCGGCGUUCUCCGCGGAUACGAUGUCUUUCUGAACAUUGUGCUGGACGACGCGGUCGAGGAAAAGGAUGGUGGCGAGAAGGUCAGGAUAGGCAUGGUGGUCAUCCGUGGUAACUCGGUCGUGAUGCUCGAGGCUCUGGAGAGAAUUGGCGGCGACGACCGACAGCGGGAGCGGUGA